CGCGAGGGGAGGCUUCGUUGAGUGGGGAAGCAUUUGGAGACCGUUCGGAGAGGAAAAGAUCCGGUACCGUGAGUUGGAGCACGCGUGAUCGGCUUUCAGGGAUGGCUCGCACGCGUGGUAGGGCCCCAGCUAGGGGUAGAGGCCGACCUCGAGGUCGUGCCAGAGCUACAGCACCAGCCCAGGACCGAGAGCAAACUCCAGAGCCGGUGAUAGAGCCACCAGCAGCUCCAGCACCGCAGCAGCCGAUGGGUCCGGGAUCAGCCCAGCCACCGCCCGAGCCUGUGGCAGCUCCAGAUAUACAGGCGAUGCUCGUACAGAUACUAGCUGCCAUUGGGGGUAUGCAGCAGGCCCCAGCUCCAGUUGUUCCAGUACCGCAGGGCCAGCCUACACCAGCGGCACCGAUUGUCCAGCCUGACGAUUUGGAGAGCGUCAUGCCACUACGGGAGCAGAAGAUGCUCGGUACAGUGUUAUUAUGCCAGCAGCCCGCCUUGGCUUUAUUUGAUCCAGGCUCUACUUUUUCGUAUGUUUCUGUCUACUAUGCCUCUCGAUUGAGUUUGAUGUCUGAGCCUCUGGGGUGUGACACCCGGGCUGACCUUAUAUUGCUUGACAUGGUUGAUUUUGAUGUGAUUCUGGGCAUGGAUUGGUUAUCCCCUUAUCGCGCUGUUUUAGAUUGCUUUUCUAAGACCGUUACCUUAGCCAUUCCCGGUAUUCCUCCGGUGGUGUGGCAGGGAUCUCGUGGUAGCACACCAGUUGGGUCAGUUCCUGUUGUUCGUGACUUCAUAGAUGUGUUUCCUACUGAUCUACCUGGCCUACCCCCAGAGCGUGAUGUCGACUUUCCGAUUGAGCUUGAGCCAGGUACUCGCCCUAUUUCUAUUCCGCCAUAUCGGAUGGCUCCUGCAGAGCUCAAGGAGCUCAGUGUUCAGCUUCAGGAUCUCUUGGCGGACAUCCCUAAGACCGCAUUUAGGACUCGUUAUGGCCAUUAUGAGUUCUUGGUGAUGUCGUUUGGGUUGACUAAUGCCCCUGCUGCCUUUAUGGACUUGAUGACGCGUGUGUUCAGGCCUUAUCUUGAUUCCUUCGUCAUAGUCUUCAUUGAUGACAUACUAGUAUACUCGCGGAGCCGGAGUGAGCAUGAGCAGCAUUUGAGGAUAGUGCUCCAGACUUUGAGAGAUCAGCGGCUUUAUGCCAAGUUCUCAAAGUGCGAGUUUUGGCUUGAGUCUGUAGCCUUCUUGGGGCACGUGGUGUCCAAGGAGGGUAUUAGGGUUGAUCCGGCGAAGAUUGAGGCUAUUCGUGAUUGGCACAGGCCCACUUCAGUUACUGAGAUUCGGAGCUUCGUCGGACUAGCAGGCUAUUACAGACGCUUUGUUGAGGGCUUUUCUACUAUUGCAGCCCCGUUGACUCGAUUGACUCGUGUUGAUGUUCCUUUUGUUUGGUCAGAGGAGUGUGAGGCGAGCUUUUUGAGGCUCAAGGAGUUAUUGACCACCGCUCCUAUAUUGACUCUUCCAGUUGAGGGCGAGGGCUUCACGGUAUAUUGUGACGCAUCCGGCGUUGGUUUGGGUUGUGUAUUGAUGCAGCAGGGCCGGGUUAUUGCUUAUGCGUCGAGGCAGCUUAAGAUUCAUGAGCGCAACUACCCCACCCAUGACUUAGAGUUGGCGGCGGUAGUUUUCGCACUUAAGAUUUGGAGGCACUACUUGUAUGGAGUUCGAUGUGAGAUCUAUACCGAUCACAGGAGUCUUCAGUACAUCAUGAGUCAGAGGGACCUUAAUUCGAGGCAGCGUCGUUGGAUUGAGCUCCUAAAGGACUACGACCUCUCUAUUCUCUAUCAUCCGGGCAAGUUGGGAACCCGUGUCCACCUUAGCACAGCAUUUCACCCACAGACGGAUGGUCAGUCAGAGCGU